UCUAUUUAAAUAUAUUUUAGGGAAAUGACUAAGGAGUUUGCAAAACUAGCAGAAGAAAAUGGUUUUGAAGCAUUGGUUCUAACCAUUGAUUAUACCAUGCCUGGUUUACGAAGAUACAUUUUAAGGAAUGAAUUUGUGCUACCACCGUAUGCGAAGUAUGUCCUUCUUGAAAGAUAUCAUGAGAGCAACAUGUUACCAACUUUUGUUAAUCUAUCGGAUUUAGACGCAGAUUGGAGCUACGUUAGAUGGUUAAUAACUGUCACUAAACUACCAAUUGUAAUAAAAGGAGUACUUACAGCUGAGGACGCUAUUGCAGCAGCAGAUGCCGGAGCUUCUGCUAUUCUUGUGUCUAACCACGGAGGUAGACAGCUAGAUAGUACUCCAUCAACGAUAGAAGCAUUACCAGAGGUAAUAAAGGCAGUUGGACAUAGAGUUGAAGUAUAUAUGGAUGGAGGAAUAAGAGAUGGUACUGAUGUAUAUAAAGCUCUAGCUCUGGGAGCUAGAAUGGUAUUUAUUGGCAGACCCGUAAUAUGGGGUUUGGUUCAUGAUGGAUCGGAAGGUGUUAAAAAUAUUUUGAAGAUUUUACAAGAAGAACUAGAUAAUGCCAUGUGUCUUACAGGGUGUUCAGUAAUAAGUGAUCUAGAUCAGGACAGAGUGGUCCACGAGAGUAACUAUGCAAAAUUAUGAGAAGAUUCACGCUUCUUCAAAGAUAUAAUUAUUUUCCAGUGCAAGUACAAAUUAUAGUCUUAUGGAUACAGGAUAAUGUUC